AAAAAACAAACAGCACACACACCAGAGUAAAGAAGGGUAAAAAAAUUCACUAACAUUAUUAAACAAAAAAUGGAUUGCGGCGGAGUACUUGUCAAAUAUGUGCUUUUCAUAUUCAACAUACUUUUUGUAGUAUGUGGCAUAUUGCUAAUUGUCUUCGGUUCCAUAUUAGUAUCGCACAUCCAGCAAGUGGGUAGCGUGGCGCAAACAAUGGAGGCCAACAGCAUUCCCAUUGCCAUACUUGUUUUGGGCAGUGUGAUAUUUAUUAUCUCAUUCUUAGGCUGUUGUGGAGCAAUACGCGAAAAUACAUGUUGCACAAUGACGUAUUCCGUCUUCAUGCUCGUACUUUUCCUGGCGCAAAUAGCUUUAAUAGUGCUGGUCUGGACACAACGUGUUAAGCUCCUCAAUUAUAUGAAUCAAGUUGUGUCUACGAUUUGGAAUCAACACAAAACUGAUCCGAAAGUAAUGGACGCUCUACAAUUAACCUUUAAUUGCUGUGGCUUAAAUGGCUCAACCGAUUACACUUUCAAUUUGGAGUCGAUUCCGAAUUCGUGCUGUGGUUCGAGUGCUGUAUCUUGCAGUGUUUUAGAUGCGCUGAAGAAGCCUGGUUGCAGUGCAGCAUUCACUAACUUCUGGGAUAAAAGCAUUGAUAUAGUGCGUUAUGCUGGACUCGGCGUUGCUGCUAUUGAGUUGGUUGCUUUCAUCUUCGCUUGUUGCUUAGCCAACCAAGUACGCAACACAAGAAGGAGAGCGAACUACUAAAAUUACAAUGGCCGACAAAACGAGGGGUUAUGUCUUCAAAGUCUUCAAUAAGUAACUUUAUAUGUUGUUGCUACUUGUAUAACUGACACAAACUUAAGUUUAAGACAUUACUGCUUAAGUAAGGUGUUGGUGGAAUUAAUUUUUUGAAAUCUUGUUCCUGUACAAAAUCCUGUUUUAACGAAAUACUUAAAUAAAACCGAUAAAUUUUCGCGGAAGCGGAAAUUAUAACAUUAUAUUUAUGAUCAAUAACAA